AUGACUUCAUCUAUAAGACAACAGAUAAAAAACAUUGUGAUCAAUUAUUCAGAGGCUGAAAUUAAAGUUCAAGAAGCAACCUCCAAUGACCCAUGGGGUGCUUCUAGCUCUUUAAUGAAUGAAAUAGCAUUUCUGACUUAUGAUGUGGUGCCAUUUUCUGAAAUCAUGAAUAUGAUCUGGAAACGGCUAAAUGACCACGGGAAGAACUGGAGACAUGUGUAUAAGGCCCUGACCCUCUUGGAUUACCUGAUUAAAACAGGCUCAGAACAAGUAGCACAGUUAUAUCAAGGUAUUAAUGUAAGGGAGAAGUCUAAGCAGCUGGUAUCCCUUCUGAAGGAUGAUGAGCAACUUAAAAUUGAGAGGGCCCAAGCCCUGAAGACCAAAGAGCGAAUGGCUCAGGUGGCCACUGGGAUUGGUAGUAACCAGAUUACUUUUGGUAGAGGUUCCAGUCAGCCCAACCUGUCAACUAGCAAACAUGGCAACUCUGGAGGCUCCCCAGCAUCUUGUUAUGGCUCUACCUCUCCUAGUAUUUCUUCAGAGCUGGAGCAGGCUCGACCUCAGACGAGUGGAGAAGAAGAACUUCAGUUACAGCUUGCAUUAGCAAUGAGCAGAGAAGUUGCAGAGCAGGAAAAAUGUCUCAGAUCUGCUGCCCCUCAGAAAGAAGAACUAUGGGGAACAUCAACUGUAACCAACCAAACUGACCCCUGGGGAGGAACUGCAACCACAUCGACUACUUCUGACCCUUGGCAAUCGUUUGUUGCCAAUCCUGCUGUCCCUGUUGACCCAUGGAGGGCGUCUGCUGGAUCCUCUACUCAGUCACUUCCAAAGAACACAGAUUGGUGGGUACCUUCCCAGUCAGCUGGUGGAAUAGCAAAAUCUUCUACAGAUCCUUGGGGACCACGAUUUUCUAACAAAACUAUUUCCACUUCUGGAUCUUUUGAUCUCUUCAGUAACUUGAAUGGUACACUUAAAGAUGACUUUUUUGAAUGGGACAACCUCAGAACUUCUAAAAAAACAGCUGAAUCUGUUUCUUCUCUACCAUCCCAAAACAAUGGUACAUCAAGUCAGGAUCUCUUUGAUUCUCAACCUGUGAAUUUGGCCUCAAGCAAACAUAAUACAACUCAGAAAACACCAGAAUCCUUCUUGGGCCCCAAUGCAGCCUUAGUGAAUUUGGACUCUCUAAUAACCAAGUCAUCACAAACUGUUCCUUCACCGAAUCCAUUCUUAGCUCCAGGUUUUCCUACAACACCACCUCUGAUCAAUCCUUUCCAGGUGAAUAAGCCUCAGUGCCUGACAUUAAACCAGAUGAGAGCAAACCCCAUCAUGGGAACAAGUCCUUCUUUCAGUAUUAUGUCAUCAAUGAGCAUAGAGCCAAUACCUCCACCUUCCAUGCCACCGGUGACUGUUGGAAUGGCACCAAUACCAUCUUUGGGCAAUGUGACAACUCUGACUAGAAUGAGGCAAGGGAUAACCAUUUCAGGAGCAGUGUCCCAACCUCUUCAUAGUACAGGAAUUCCUCUACCUGCAUCCCAGUCCACAAGUGGAGUGGUUUCACCCUUUCCCCCUCCCUUUCCCUCCAGCUCUCAAACCCAGCUCAGCAUGCCUCCAUACCAUGAUCAUGUGCUGAAUAUGGAUACUGGAAAGGGUCAAGAAAUGGUUGAGAAGGUUUUUGCUGCCUGGCAACUUGAGGAGAAAUGCUUCUCGCGAGAGUUACCUGGGACCCGCCUGCCCCAAGCUGGAAGCCCUAACCGCAGGACCGCUGAACCCAUCGAGGAAAUGAAACAGAGUGCUCUGACCAAGGAAUUCCAUUUCUUGUCUGAGAAAAAGGCAUCUAGGGGAGCGAAGGCCCCAAGAGGGAGCAGAGAGGCCGAGCGAGGGGCUGAAGGGAGAGGACAAAAGGCCAGGCAGUGGGACAUGGAGAAAGUCUUGAGUCAGGUCCUGCUGGAGUCUGCAGCCUCUUCUCAAGCUUCCUCAUGA